CAGUUCACGCUAGAGUCAGGAGGAAGAAGUCCUUUCCUUCUUAUAUAUGAGGCAAGAAACAAAUUUUCGUUUACUUGGAAAAGAUCAAAUCAAACAUGGCUGAUUACCAAGGCUACAUCAUACUUUUCAUCACAUGGCUAGUCUCCACAAUUGUAGUUAGAUUCAUACUCAACAGAAAACAGAACAAGACUAAUAGACCACCAAGUCCAUUAGCCUUACCCAUCAUUGGACAUCUCCACCUUCUUGCUCCAAUACCUCACCAAGCACUUCACAAGCUCUCUACCCGCUAUGGACCCAUAAUGCAACUUUUCCUUGGUUCCGUGCCCUGUGUCGUAGCUUCCACGCCAGAAGCAGCCCGAGAAUUCCUCAAAACUCACGAAACACAUUUCUCCAACCGCCCUCAAAGUUCUGCAGUUGAUUAUCUAACCUAUGGCUCUCAGGACUUCUCCUUUGCCCCAUAUGGACCAUAUUGGAAGUUCAUGAAGAAAAUAUGCAUGUCUGAACUUCUGGGGGGUCACACACUGAGUCAGCUUCUUCCUGUGAGGAGACAGGAGACAUUGAGGUUUCUGAGACUUAUGCUGGGGAAAGGGAAGGAAGUUGAGGCUGUUGAUGUUGGAGGAGAACUAUUGAGACUCUCAAAUAACGUCGUGUCAAGGAUGCUUAUGAGCCAAACAUGUACUGAAAAUGAGAGUGAAGCAGAAGAGGUGAGGAAGUUGGUGCAUGACACUGUACAACUGACGGGGAAGUUUAAUGUGUCGGACUUCAUUUGGUUUUUUAGGAACUGGGAUGUGCAGGGGUUCGGGAAAAGACUCAAGGAAAUUCGGGACAGCUUUGAUACCAUGAUGGAUAAGGUGAUCAAGGAACAUGAAGAAGAGAGGAGGAAAAGAAAUGAAAUGGGAAGUGGAGGAGAGGGUCAAAUCAAGGAUCUACUUGAUAUAUUGUUGGACAUACAUUAUGAUGAGAAUUCUGACAUAAAAUUGUCAAUAGAGAACAUAAAGGCCUUCAUCUUGGAUGUAUUUAUGGCAGGAACAGACACUGCAGCCUUAACAACUGUGUGGGCUCUAGCCGAGUUGAUUAAUCACCCACAUAUGAUGGAGAGAGCAAGAAAAGAGAUUGAUGCUGUGAUCGGAAAUAGUAGAAUAGUAGAAGAAUCAGACAUUGUCAACCUUCCUUACCUGCAAGCUGUAGUCAAGGAAACGCUGAGGAUUCACCCCACGGGUCCAUUAAUUGUUAGAGAAUCAUCUGAAAGCUGCACUAUCUGGGGCUAUGAGAUUCCAGCAAAGACUCAGUUGUUUGUUAAUAUUUGGGCUAUUGGAAGGGACCCAAAUCACUGGGAGAACCCACUCGAGUUCAGGCCAGAGAGGUUUAUCAGUGAAGAGGGAAGUGGGAAGAGCCUUUUAGAUGUGAGGGGGCAGCAUUUUCACCUGAUUCCAUUUGGGAGUGGAAGAAGAGGGUGCCCUGGAACCUCACUGGCUUUGCAGUUUGUGCAGACCAACCUUGCUGCUAUGCUUCAGUGCUUUGAAUGGAAGGUUAAAGGAGGCAAACAGACUGUUGACAUGGAAGAGAAACCCGGGAUAACUCUUCUAAAGGCUCAUCCGUUGAUUUGUGUCCCAUUGCCUAGGCUUGAUCCAUUCCCUCCCCAGUGAUUGUAAUCAAAAGUUGAAAAUUCACAUUUGGGUUCCUUGUUUCUCUGUAAUGUUCA